AUGAAACGGCAGAAAUCAAAUUGGUACGAGGCGCAUCUAUGCGGGGUACGAGCCGUACUAUCGACGAAUCAGCACUAUCUUCCGUCUCGCCCGGCACCAGCAACACGCCGUGCCGCUCCUCCACCUCAACCGCCUGAUCUGCUCGAGAUGGCGCGCGAAAGUGGCGUGGAGAUGGCGACCGACAUCGCAGUCGGCAUCACCUCUACGGCUCCACCCGCUCGCUUUGGGGAUCUUGAAGUUGAACGGCUCGGUGCUACCGACCAGGAGCGUCGAGCGGCUCUUGAGGCGAUCGUUGAGCGCAAGAAGCGGGCAUUGCCGAAGAAGGAA